AUGGCUGCUGCUGCUGCUGCUCUCCGUUGGUUGGCAUUGGCGCUGAUCGCCGGGUUGACGAAUGCUGCGUCAUCAUCAUCAUCGUCAUCCUACGUGAAAUAUUCCACCGUAACGGGGUAUUUCCUUCAGGAUCUAAACACGACAGAUGCGUCUACGUUUGAUUAUACAGCGGUAAACUUCGGCCUCAUUAACCGCACCUACGACGCUGAUCGGUUCGACCCUCCUCCAUCCAGCCGUAGUCUGACCCAAUGGGAGCGGUUCUACCGCCAGGUCGUCUAUCUCAAUGAGCAUUCGCCGGAGAAUGUCGAGUACAAGGUUCUCUUCAUGGGACGGCAUGGGGAAGGAUGGCACAAUGCUGCGGAGAGUUAUUAUGGGACGCCGGCUUGGAAUUGCUACUGGGCCGAACUAGACGGCAACGGAACAGCGUCCUGGUCCGACGCCCAUCUGACGAGCAACGGCAUCGCCCAAGCGCAGAAAGCGCACGACUUCUGGCAGCGCGAGAUCGAUGAGCAGCGCAUCCAUCCGCCGGACAGAUACUUCGUCAGCCCGCUGUUCCGGACGCUGCAGACGGCGCAGAUCACGUUCGAGGGGUUGCGCCGCCUGCCCGCCGACGCGGCCAAGUUCGCGCCCUUAAUCCUGGAGAAGCUCCGCGAGAACAUCAGCAUCCACACGUGCGACCGGCGGAGUAACCGGAGCGUUAUCCAGCAAGCGUUCCCGUUUUCGACCUGGCGCUUUGAACCGGGCUUCACCGAGUGCGACGAGCUAUGGAACGGGGUCACGGGCGAAACGGCGUCGUCCGAGGCGGUGCGGUCGAAAGAGGUCCUGGAUCAGAUCUUCUCCUUCUCCAGAACCUCCUCCGCGGGCAAGAAGGAUAACGGCCUCUUCAUCUCCAUCACCAGCCACUCGGGCGAGAUUGCCUCGCUUCUCAGCGUCCUGGGUCAUCGCCCCUUCAGCCUCAAUACUGGCGCUGUGAUCCCCGUCCUUGUCAAGGCGGAAACUGUCUACUACCAUCCUUCACCGACGACGACUACGCAGCCCUGGACGACGAGUCCUCAUUGUACCGUGCCGCCUGUCACCUCUGUCUCGGCUUGUCUGUGUCCUUCGUCGGCGGCUCCGGUGACGACUCCCCUGGUUCCUACCAGUGGGUGCAACUGA